GCGCGCGAGCUUAGGAAGGGCAGCCAUUUGGAGGCUGGUCGGCGUAGGCGACGGAGGUCUCUCUUCUGCUCUUAGUGUCUUUGUCCUGCGGAGAGAGAGUCAGGAAGCGGGCCGCCAUGUCGUUUCGCCAGCGGAGCCCCUUAGGAGGCCGCUCCCAAAGCAGACCACCAGCUCGUUGGACUCAAGGAAGGAAGCGUGGUGCAGAUGGAAAUCACAGAGGCAGAUAUGAUUCAAGCUUGCCCACUGAUGAUGAUGAUGAAGAUACAUUUACACUGCUAGACAGCAGGCCAGAUAGUUUCACAACACCAGAAGGACAUAAACCCCGUUCAAGGUGUUCGGAUUGGGGAACUGCAGUUGAAGAAGAUGAAAUGAGGACUAAUGUUAAUAAAGAAAUGGCAAGAUAUAAAAGAAAACUCUUGAUAAAUGAAUUUGGAAGAGAGCGAAAACUGUCUACUGGAAGUUCUGAUUCAAAGGAGUCCACAGCACCAGUAGAACUUGAGACUGAUGAAGCUGUUCUGAUGCGGAGACAGAAACAAAUAAAUUAUGGGAAGAACACAUUGGCAUAUGACAGAUACAUUCGAGAAGUUCCAAGGUGUCUUCGAGUUCCUGGGGUCCAUCCAAGGACUCCAAAUAAAUUUAAGAAAUACAGUCGGCGAUCCUGGGACCAACAAAUCAGACUGUGGAAGGUUGCUUUGCAUUUUUGGGAUCCUCCUGCUGAAGAAGGCUCUGAUACACAGAUAAUUAGUCCUGUCGAUCUUGGUGAUAUGGAAACGGAAUCAGUAGGAAGUAAUUCUACCGGGUCACAAGCAAGCUCUCAGGAUAAUGAUCCCCUCCCCCCUUUACAUCUACAUGCACAUGUUGGGGCCUUCCAAGAACAGAAACCGGGAUCCUCUGGCGAAGGGGAAACUGAAAGGGGUUCCACCAGCCCAGGAGCUUUGCCUUUGGCAACAGCAAAGGAAAGUUGUACUUUCACACCCACCAAAGUAAGAAAUAUUGACCACUUGGCUGAUGAUGAAUUCAAGUUGGAGGCGUGUUAGAUUGUGACACUGCAUGGCUAUGAGUAUGCAUUAUGCGGGCUCCUGUUCAAGGAAUGAACAUCUUUAAUUACAUAAUCUCAAAGACAAAUCCGAAAUCUUUAGUAAUUCAGAAAAAUGGAAAAUGUCAGCCGUACAUCGUAAUCCAAAUUUCUCCUUUCAUGAAGUAUACAAAUUGUGUUAAAUAUAAUUGGUUGCCUGUCCUAAUGCACAACAAAUGGUUUGAUAAGCUGUUUUUAGUUCAGAGGAUUAGACCAGUCAGACUAUGUUGCCAAGCUUUUACGAGUCUGGGAAACAUUUAUAAGAAAUCCAUGCUAUAAGUGGUCAUGUGAUGACUCUUAUUCACUGAACAGGAAUAUGAUUGCCAGGGAGCAAUAAUUCUCCAUGCUGUCAUGUAAGGUAUAUUAUAAACGCCUACUCAACAGUAAGACAGUGGCAUUUUAUGUUCCCUCAGUCCAUGUUUUCUUCAUAUUUUGUCAAGUAUGUUCCAAUAACCAUAAGAUGAGUAUAGGCAAGCUUCUUUCUUUGAGAAAGAGUUCUGACCUAAAUUUCAGGUCUGCUUUAUCGAGGCAGCUCUCAAAGUUGUAUUUUAAAUUGAUAUUUGUAAAUAGUUAUGCACAGAAACUUAGUUAGCUUUUUAAGAAGAAUUAACAGAAUUUGAGACUUUUCUAUUGUUUUUAUUCUUUCUUAAUGUAAAUUUACAGAAUUUUUAGUAAAAUAAGUAGUUGCUGGUUUUGUAUGGUAUAAGGCAUAAAUAAAGCAAGAACAUCUUAAAUUGUA